UCAGGCGUCGAAUUGUAAUGGGAACUAUAAAUUACGAGAACUUCUUUGAAACUGCGGAAUUUGCAACCCUUACCAAAGAAUUAAAUUCGGCAAGAGAGCAACUGUUAGAACGAGAGGAGGAAAUAGCGGAAUUAAAGGCUGAAAGAAACAAUACUCGAUUACUCUUAGAACAUUUAGAAUGCUUGGUGUCGAGGCAUGAACGAUCAUUAAGAAUGACUGUAGUGAAACGGCAAGCUGCUGCUCAAUCGGGUGUAUCUAGUGAAGUAGAAGUUUUGAAGGCACUGAAAAGUCUAUUUGAACAUCACAAAGCUUUAGAUGAAAAGGUGAGAGAGAGGUUAAGAGUCGCGUUAGAAAGAAAUUCUGUGUUAGAGGAAGAAUUAGCGUCAACCAAAGAAGAAUUACAACAAUACAAACUUGGGGGUCUACCCUCUAAUGUACCUGCAAUAGAAGAUAAACCCAAAGAAAAUGGCCAAGUGGAACAUGGGGACCAAGUUACAAAUUCAAUUAAGGCAACCGCGAAGCAGCGACUUACCAAUGGGGGCAUGGAAAUGGAAACAGAUUCGGCAGCACGGAUUGUAGAUCUGCAAACUGCUUUAGAACAGCAAACUGGCGAAAUUAGUACCUGGCAGAGGAGGGUAGCGGAAAUGACCAAUAGAGUAGGAGAAUUAGAGGAAAAUUUCGCAAAAGCACAAAAAGAUCUUCUUAAGGCACAAGAGUCCAACUCAAAACUUCAGAGGGACUUACAGGAGAACGUGGCGCAGAAAGAGGACCAAGAGGAGAGAAUCGCCACUUUAGAAAAAAGGUAUUUGAAUGCUCAAAGGGAAUCCACCUCGUUGCACGAUCUAAAUGAAAAAUUAGAACAAGAACUACAGCACAAAGAAGCUCAACUAAAGUUGCAAGAAGAAAAAAUUGCAGCUAUUCAAGAAAAGUUAGAAUUAGCCGAACAAAAGCUAGCACAAUAUUCUAAGUUACCAGAAAUGGAGGAGCAGUUGAAGCAGCGAAUGGAGGCAUUGACGCAGGUGAGACCACAGGCGCAAGAACGCCAUGGGUCUGCCGAAGAUCGUAUCCAAAGACUUGAAGCUAAUUUAGAAGAAAAGAAUGCGGAAUUAGUAAGAUUAAACCAAAGACUAAAAAUGAACGAAGACCAUAACAGUAGGUUGUCCGCGACUGUGGAUAAAUUAUUAUCCGAAUCUAAUGAUAGGCUACAAGUACAUCUUAAGGAACGAAUGCACGCUUUAGAGGAAAAAAAUAGUUUAACUCAGGAGCUCGAAAAGACUAGGAAGAUAAUGGAAGAAUUAGAAAUUCAGAAAACCGAAAUAAUGAAAGAAUUAGCGAAAUCAAGGUUGGAAAUAGACAAUGUUAAAAGACAAAUGUUGCAACAAGAGAUAGCAUUUAAUAUUCAACAAACAGAUGCGUUGACCAGAAGUUUAUCACCUAACGCAACGGAUCCUAAUAAUUUUACAAGAAGUGCUAGUCAUUCCAGUUUCGAUACGCAUUCCUUACCGCGUAGGGGAAAUAAAACGCGAACGCCUGUAGAGGAGGAUUCCAAUAAAAUAGUCGCAUUUACUGCAAGAUCUAUGGCAGAACAAGAGUGGGAGAAAUUACAGCAAGCUCAUGUACUGGCGAACGUUCAACAAGCAUUCGAUGUGUCAAGUGAUGCAGAGGGUGAUGAUAACGACAGUUUGUUUAGCACUGCCGAUAUUUUGUCACCGUCCGGUCAUACGGAUGCCCAAACGUUAGCAAUGAUGUUGCAAGAGCAGCUAGAUGCCAUUAAUAACGAAAUUAGGUUAAUACAAGAAGAAAAACAGAAUACGGAGGCGAGGGCAGAGGAACUUGAGUCAAGAGUUGGUAGUAUGGAGCACAUGAAUCUACUUGCGAGGGGGCGCAGUUUAGAACGCCAAAGUCCACCCGUAAGUGGCAGAUCGACGCCAAAAUCACAUCAUUCACCACAAAGGGAUUAUCUUCAUAAAUAUCACACGGCGCCUGCAUCUAUGUCUCCAGCACAUCUUCAACAGUACCGUACAACUAUGAGUUCAGGCUCCAUAUCUGAAUCACUGCCCACUAGUCAGUUGCAACUUGCACCGGUUAGUUCGGAAAUGUCAAGGGACGAACUUCAUAUGGGUGACAGUAGUAGUGGUGGUGGAGCGUCUCCUCUUACUGCGAGGUCAUUAAAACUAGAAAGAGUUGCGCAGGCUCUGGCUCAUAGUCAGGAAGAAUUGCGCAGAAGAACAGGUGCAAGUGGAUUACCUCCUGGACCAGUUACUUACAGUGUGUUUAGGCAAGGCCAGACACACACACCACCAUCACCUCUAUCCUCUCGUCAUAGCAGUCAAGACAGCCUUCACAAGAACACAAUUACGGGAAUUCCAAGAGACGUGUCCGCAGCAGCUGUAGCUGCCGCCGCCGCCGCUCAAAAGAAGAAAGGCAUCAAAUCAUCCCUCGGUAGAUUCUUUAGUAAAAAAGAGAAGGUGAAAGGUAAAGAAGUAAUGGGCGGCGAAAGUGCUUUAAAUAUAAACCAAAGUGGAAUGGGUAUUCCCGACGGUGAUAUAGUCGAUUCCAUUAGUCUUUCCGGGAAGUUGGGUCAGAAAGGAGAAUUUGAUCGUAGACAAAAGAAGAAGUGGGUGGAACGUGACUAUAGACACGAACUAUUAGCGGAAGCUAUGAAAGCUGGAACCCCAUUUGCCUUAUGGAAUGGUCCUACUAUUGUAGCUUGGUUGGAACUUUGGGUAGGAAUGCCGGCUUGGUAUGUGGCAGCCUGCCGUGCAAACGUAAAAUCCGGUGCCAUAAUGAGUGCGCUUAGUGAUACAGAAAUACAAAGAGAAAUCGGAAUCAGUAAUCCACUCCAUAGAUUAAAACUUAGAUUAGCAAUUCAAGAAAUGGUAUCGUUAACGUCACCGUCUGCCCCGAAAACGUCGAGGACUACGUUAGCUUUUGGUGAUAUGAACCAUGAAUGGAUUGGAAAUUCAUGGUUACCAGCAUUAGGGCUUCCGCAAUAUCGUACCACAUUUAUGGAAUGCCUGGUAGAUGCCAGGAUGCUUGAUCAUCUUACGAAAAAGGAUUUACGAGGACAAUUGAAAAUGGUUGAUAGUUUUCAUAGGACUAGUCUACAAUAUGGCAUAUCAUGUUUGAAACGGUUGAAUUACGAUAGACAUUUAUUAGAUGACAGAAGAAAGAAUGCGGAGAAUUCUAACUCAGAUGUUUUAGUAUGGAGUAAUGAUAGGCUAAUUCGUUGGGUAACUAGUAUUGGUUUAAAGGAAUAUAGUAAUAAUUUAUUAGAAUCUGGUGUUCAUGGUGCACUAUUUGCUUUAGACGAUAGUUUUGAUGCAAAUAGUAUGGCUCUUGCCUUACAAAUUCCAACUCAAAAUAUUCAGGCAAGACAAACAUUGGAAGUUGAAUUCAAUGGCCUGCUACGAACAGCGACAGAUCGACGACCAGACGAUAUUUCUCGUUCCUGAUACGAUCGUAUGAAUUGUUAAACGACCAUGUAGUGUUCCACUACAGAUUAGUGCAACCCGUGCUAUUUCCUUCUCUUCUCGACAUAAGCAAAAAGUUUUGUUUUGUAAAUAAUUCUGACUUUAUAUGAAAAUAACAGAAAGCUUUAAUGAACUUAUCUGUACCAUAAAUAACUGAUAGUAUUAUUAAUUGUACAUUGAAGUUGUUGUUUUAUCUGUUGGAUUACCAGCGAUUAUAUUGUUACGAUGUGUGAAUGUGGCAGCGAUAGUCAGUAUUACCCCGCGCGUGCCUACACUCAGUGCUGCCAUCUGUUAAGCUUCAGAAUUUCAUUUGCAAUUAGCUAGUACAAAUACUGGUGUCCUUGUAAGGCUUACGGAUGUGGACAGUUUGUAUUUAACCUGUACUUAACUGGUACACAUCUUAAGUAGCAAAUUCCUCAAUAAUAUUUAUUUUCUUUAAUCUAACGCCAUAGGUACCAAUAGAAAAAUACCGUUGCAGUAAUUAAUUUAUUAAUUCUGUAUAUAUUAUACAGAGUAAGUAACAUUUGAAGUUUUUAUUAUAAUUAGUAUGUUUUAUACAAUAUUUGUACAAUAUUUUUACUUGUUAUUUAUUUUUAACCUGAAAAUACUAUUGUGCUUAAAUCUUGUUAUACUAAUCGGAGUUAUACUAUAUACUCCGGAGAUGAUUGUCAUUAUUCGUAUAUGAUCUAAAAUAGUGUUAAUUUAUGUACAUUACAUUAUAUAUAAAUAUAACGAAACUCGAUCAUU